GCCUUGUGUGACCUUGGUUGGUGGACGAAGAAUCAAACUUCGACCCCUUCGUUCGAACCAUCUGGUGGGUUCUUCGCAUGGUGGCAUGAGCUUCAUUUGCGAAAGACAUUGUGGUUCUUUGUUCAAACGCAGUGUCGACUCCUUAAAUCUACUUCACGGCUUCUGGCAACGUGAUGAAGCUUUGAGGAGGGAAGAUUUCCUAACACUUCAACGCACAAUUGAUUCCUGGUACUUUGGCUUUGGUAGUCCUGCGGUUGCCGGAUUUCUUGAGUCCGUCGCCGAUGAUACCGGUGGAACAACUUUGGACACGUCAAUGCAUGGUCUGAUAAGAGAGCAGAUCGCUGAUCUCAUGCGCAUAUCUUGUACUGGUCCUUCUGGCGACAUUCGGUCCGCUGCUGGAAACAUUUUGCUGGACCUGAAGACGAAAAAGGGAUUCCGUAUACCUACCAUAAACUUACAGUCUCCAAGCAACAUGAUAAGCAUGCGCGAGGUUGCUCCUCUAGCAUGCCUCAAAGAAGAGCCUUCCGAAGAUGACAACAUGUACAUAACAUACGCUUUAUUCCGCGAAUAUUGGUUUCAGUGGGGAAGGCUUGAGAAUUAUAUUUGCGUGAUGGGCUUCCAUCCGGAAUAUUUGGAAUGCUACAUGAAAAUGCAGGCUCACUUGUUUCAUGCAGAUCUGCCAUUACCGUAUCCCGAUCGACAUUAUCUGGCCGUCCUAGCUGCCUCUGAGCAAAGGUGUAUUUACUUAGUCUUACUCUUCGCCCGACAGUUCCCAUAUGUACUCGAUGGCCAGCGUUUGCUGAACAAACUUAUUUCGGAUUGCUGUAUGUACUCUCCCACCCUUCAGCACGGAAACCUUCACAGCCCCAUAGAAAAUUCUCCUCAGAAGACCACUGGUGUCCACCUCCCAGCAACGGAACUACUCCAGCGGAUACAAAGCGAAGAUCCUGGCCUGGAGGAAGUAAAUGAGGAUGUUGUCGCGGAGCACUUUAAAGUCGUUGUACAGUUGAAUGAAGCACUUGAUUCGACUCACUCUGUGUCAGCAUCCUCCAGAGCAUCUGAAUUAUUAGGAUGCCUUAACGCGCAUCCUGCAAUCGCACGUUUCUUGGAUUCUCUUGACUCCGGUUACGAGAACUUCAAUGCCCGACCGUUCCACGACAUAAGACGGAAUCAUCGAGUUAACAACGACCACGAUCACAUUGAAAGCGAAAUGAGUCUGCAGGAGGAAUUGGAAAAACGAUUCGCUGAGCUCGAUACUGACAGUGACGGAAAAAUAACUAUCAAAGAGUACGAGGAGGAAUUAAAACGUCUCGGACUACCUGAAUCGUUAGCACAGAAAUUUGUUAAACUAUGGGACGCAAAUGGCGACGGAAUUAUCACUCAGGAAGAGUUUGUGGAAACAUUGAGGACUACGAAAUGGUGA